AUGGCCGGGCGCUGCGGAGCCGCCCCCGCCUGCCGGCCUCUCCGUGCCCCGGAAGGACAAGUGGGAGCCGGGAAAAUGGCGGCGGCGGCGGCGGGGGCGGCAGCGGCUCCGGUGUGCGUGCUGGUGCUGGGUAUGGCCGGCUCCGGGAAAACUACCUUUGUACAGCGACUCGCGGCCCACUUGCAUGGACAGCGCUGCCCCCCGUACGUGAUCAACCUGGACCCCGCCGUGCAUGACCUGCCCUUCCCCGCCAACAUCGAUAUCAGGGACACUGUGAAAUACAAAGAAGUCAUGAAACAAUAUGGGCUGGGCCCAAAUGGUGGAAUAGUGACCUCUCUCAAUCUCUUUGCUACAAGAUUUGAUCAGGUGAUGAAGUUUAUUGAAAAAAGACAAAAUGCAUCUAAGUAUGUUAUUAUUGACACACCAGGGCAAAUUGAGGUAUUCACCUGGUCAGCAUCAGGAACCAUCAUAACUGAAGCCUUAGCUUCCUCUUUUCCUUCAGUUGUUGUUUAUGUGAUGGACACCUCUCGCAGUACUAACCCUAUCACUUUUAUGUCCAACAUGUUGUAUGCCUGCAGUAUCCUGUACAAGACAAAGCUACCUUUCAUUGUUGUCAUGAACAAAACUGACAUAAUUGAUCACAGUUUUGCAGUAGAAUGGAUGCAGGACUUUGAAACUUUUCACGACGCCCUGAAUCAGGAGACAUCCUAUGUCAGUAACCUGACUCGUUCUAUGAGUUUAGUGUUGGAUGAAUUUUACAGUUCACUGAAGGUGGUCGGUGUUUCUGCUGUGCUUGGCACAGGACUGGAUGAUUUUUUUGUUCAGCUUUCUAAAGCUGUGGAUGAGUAUGAGAGAGAAUAUCGUCCAGAAUAUGAGCGCCUGAGAAAAACACUGGAGAAAGCUCAAAAUAAAGAAAAGAGAGAGCAGCUGGAACACUUGUGGAAGGACAUGGGCAGCGUGUGUAUGCAGGGCAACACACUUGCAGCAUGCUGUUUUGUGUGUAGCCAUUUCUGUUCCCUUCAAGGGUCUGAUGUUGCUUCUGCAAUGGGUCCCUCUGAGCUGAUCCUAACUCGAGGAACUCUUGAUGAAGAAGAAGAGAGGGAGAGUGAUACUGAUGACAUUGACCAUGAAGUUACUGAGGAGAGUCAUGAAGAACCAGCCUUCAGAAACUUUAUGCAAGAGACGCGGAUGAAAUACCAGAGAAGAAGCAACUCAAAUGAAUGAGACCUUCAGAAACAGAAGGUUUGGAAUCCAUUGUAGUGGAGUUAAAAGUAAAGGAACAGCAUAAAGAAACUUGCACAGAUUCAUGCAUCAAGUCUUCUAUCUGUCAGCAACUUCUUCUGAUAUUUAUAUCUUCCUUCCUGCAGUAACUGGUGGUCAUAUGAGUUGAAGGUCUUGUAUCCAACUGACUGUAUGUUUGGCCACGUGCCACUGACUUCCCAAAGCUGAAGGAACCCAGAUAGCACUUUCUUUUGCUCCAAAUUCUUCAGAUGUGCCUGUUGAGAGCUUAGAUUUUGAGCUCUGAGAGCAUUAGCAACUAGAGUACUUACUGGUCUCCAAAAGUGUAUUCUGUUCACCUUGUGCAGACAAGUGUCUGCUGCAGCCAGGACACAAGUGAAAUCUCCGCUGCGUAAAACUUCAUCGGUCAAGUGUUUGAUGUUUCGGUUUUAAUGAAAUAUAUUUUAUAUACUAA